AAGAUACAAGGUCAGUAACCCAACCCCCCAUCUAACACACUGAAAAACACACGGAAAAUACAGAAAUUAUUUGAUCCCCUACGCAAGCUGUAGUUAAUUGUUGAUUGAUGGAUUGAGCUGGAUGACACCCAAAGCUAAUCUACGGACAGAUGCAUGAUAUGUCAGAUGUGUUUUUUACUUGAUUCCCCCCCUCCCCCCAGCAGUGGAGAUGACGUUAUAUUUAUGUGUGGAUUUCACAAUGGAUUUAUUAUAAAAGGCUCGCAAGCCCUGUUUGCGUGUGACCCGAGCUCAGGACAGCUGUCCUUGAUGGGCCAUACGAGCUUCUCUUAUCUUGCCUUCCUUUAACAUGAUGGAGUGACAAGUAACACAAAAACUAGAUGCUGCUGGGAAGGUGAACCUCUCUGUGAGGAUGAUGUCGUGAAUCAACUGUGAUGGAGAAUAAGAAGAAAGAAGGAGUUAGCUUUUGCUGUAACUAGGGGGACAAGGGACAAAGGAGCAGAGAAAACACUCCUCAAAGGGUUCUUGACCUGAUAUUUGAAGGACUGAGACAUUAAUUGGCAUACUGCACACACAAGAAUAAUUUCGUGGAGAAAAGUCAUUGGAAUUAUUUGUGGAAUCACUGGUGGAGCCACAGACAUGGGGAGGAGAGAGUCCUGAGAGCGUCUGAGAGCAGUUGGUGAGGUUUCGUUUUGCCGGGUUCCAUGCGUUGUAAAGAUGGGGACACUGGUCAGACCAGCGCUACUGCUACUUUUAUGGCAGGGUGUUUGGGCUUUGGACAUCCCUCUGGAAGUCAGGCAGCCCCCAACCAUCAUAAAGCAGUCAAUGAAAGAACACAUUGUUGACCCCAAAGACACCAUGGUCAUAGAAUGUGAAGCCAAAGGAAACCCUCAUCCCAUUUUCUCAUGGAGGCGUAAUGGGAAGUAUUACAAUGUGGCACGUGACCCUCAAGCAUCGAUGCGCAGGCGAUCAGGCACGCUGGACAUCUAUGCCUGGAACAAUCCAGAACAGUAUGAGGCGGAGUAUCAGUGCAUUGCCUCCAAUGAGUAUGGAUCUGCAUACUCCAACAAAAUCAGACUACGACUAUACAGAGCUCCCGUGUGGCCCAGAGAGAUCCUGGAGCCUGUGGAGAUCAGUGCUGGCUUGCCUCUGGUCUUGUCCUGUGACCCCCCACCUGGGCCACCUAAACCUGAAACUUACUGGAUGUCCAGCUGCUCACAUGCAAGACCUUUCAACUGGCCCAUUCAGACAGCUUUCCCCACCAUGCAGCCUGUGCGGCAGGACCGCAGGGUAUCAAUGGGAGUGAAUGGGGAUCUAUACUUCUCUAACGUCCUGUUCAACGACUCUGCUGCUGAUUACUGCUGUAAUGCCCGCCUCCCCUACAAGAAUGUCAUCCAGCAGAAGAUGCCUGUGGUUGUUAAAGUUCUUACUACUCGUUCAGUGGUUGAGGCUGCUCCCACCUGGCUGUCUCCCACAGGCUCGUCCAGCUCCAUACUGGUCCUACUUGGGGAAGAACUGCUCCUGGAGUGUAUCGCUGCAGGAGUGCCAACUCCUCAUAUCACGUGGACCAAGAACGGUGAGGACCUGGUUGUGAGGUCACCCAUGAAAGUAAAAAACUUCAAUAAGAUGAUUCAAAUCCCAAAAGCUUCUUUUGAUGAUGCGGGUGAAUACGUCUGCACUGCCUCGAAUAAGAUAGGAUACAUUACGCACACAAUAACAGUUAGGGUCAAAGCGGUUCCAUUCUGGCUGGAGAAGCCCACCAAUUUGGUUUUGGCCCCUGAGCAAAAUGGCCGCUUGACAUGUCGUUCUGAUGGCGUUCCUCGUCCCACAAUCAGCUGGUUCAUCAACGGAGAACCAAUUGAGACUGCUACACUUCAGCCAAACACACAGGUGUCAGGAGACAUGCUGACUUUCCACAGUGUGACCACUUUAAACAAUGGUGUCUAUCAAUGCAAUGCUUCCAAUCAAUAUGGGUACCUAUUCGCCAAUGCUUUUGUCAAUGUGCUACAUGCAACUCCACGUAUUCUCGGGCCGAGGAAUGAACUCCUCAAGGUGACAGAGGGCAGUCAUACCUUCUUAGAUUGCCGCUACUUUGGUUCACCAGUUCCUGAGCUGCGAUGGUCUAAAUAUGGACAGGGGAAUCUUGAAGGAAAUCGUUUUAAGACCCACAGUAACGGGACCCUGGAGAUAAAACGCAUACGGAUAGAAGACCAGGGAACUUACGUAUGUAUAGUCAGCAAUGUUGCGGGAAGAGAUGAGAGUCAAGUGCGAAUAGAGGUCAAAGAGCCCACUUUAAUUGUCACAAGACCAAAGAGUAUGAAAGUCAUCCGUGGAACUGAUGUGCGCUUUGAGUGUGGUGUAAAAGCAGAUCCCACUACUCCUGUCACAACCACCUGGAUGAAAGACAAAAAGCCAAUCACUCUGGGCUGGAGAAUUUCUCUAGAUGAAUCAAAUCUGGUCAUCACUAACGUAAACAGAGACAACGAGGGGAAUUAUACAUGUGUCAUCAAGACUGAACUGGAACAGAAGUCUGCAUCAGCACACUUAAUGGUGAUGGAUCGUCCAGAUCCUCCCACUAGCUUGGAGUUGUCAGAUCCAUAUGAACGUAGUGUAAGACUCAGUUGGGUCCCUGGAGACAGCAACCACAGCCCUAUUACGGGCUACUUAGUGCAGUAUGAUGAUGAUGACUGGUUGCCUGGGAAGUGGAAAAACCUGUCAAUGUACCCAGGGAACCUCAACUCUGUCAUUCUGCAUCUUUCACCUUUCACCUACUACGAGUUCAGAGUCAUCGCUAUCAAUGAAAUAGGAAUGAGUCGCCCUAGUCGUCCAUCUAUGCGCUUCCAAAGCAGCGGCGCACCCCCAGAUGCCGUUCCAAAGAACCUAAAGGGGGUGGGUACGUGGAGGAAUAACAUGGAGAUCAGCUGGGAGCCUCUAACCUACAGAGAGUGGAACGGACCUCACCUGAAGUAUCUGGUGUGGUGGAGAAGGAGAGAUUCCCGAGAGGAGUGGAAGAAUGCAACCACUAAAUGGCUGAAAUACUACAUCUAUGAUGCAGAUACCUUCACUCCUUAUGAGAUCAAAGUCCAAGCUGUCAACGACUUUGGGCUUGGUCCAGAGUCUCCUGUUGUCAUUGGUUACUCUGGGGAAGACCGUCCCUUAACUGCACCCCUGAACCUGAGAGUGUCCGACAUUGAGAGCACUCAAGUGACUGUGCACUGGGACCCAGUGGCACACAACACCAUUAUGGGAGAACUGAAAGAAUACAAGGUCUACUAUUGGAGGGACAGCAGUCAGUUGCGGUGGCUGAGGGUCGACAGAGCAAUGAAGUCUCAAGCAUUCCCAAACAACGAUCCAGAGCCCUCUGGAGUUGUCCCUGGGCUGAUCCCCUAUAGCAACUACAAGAUGUAUAUGGUGGUGGCAAACAAUCGGUUUGAAGGUCCGCCCAGUAAUAACAUACACUUCUCAACACCAGAAGGAGUACCAUCUGUUCCCAGAUCCUUUAGGAUCCAGCAGCGACAUCUGGACAGUAUUUAUGUUGACUGGGAUCUGCCGGCAGAACCCAACGGCAUCAUCUCCGGAUAUUCCCUCAAGUACCAGACAGUGAAUGCCACCAGGGGAGAGGAACUGCGAGUUGAGGAGUUCCCUCCAAAUGUAACAAGUUUUUCAAUACGGCGUUACGACCGCUACACUCGAUACAGGUUCUCCGUGGCAGCACGAACAGCGAUUGGCAUAGGGGAGUGGCAUACGGAGGAGUCACCUCACUACACCACUGAAAUUUAUGCUCAGGACCAGGUGGACAUCUCCACUCAAGGCUGGUUCAUCGGGAUAAUGUGUGCUGUGGCUCUCAUUGUGCUCAUCCUACUCAUAGUCUGCUUCAUCAAGAGGAGCCGAGGGGGGAAAUACCCAGUACGGGAAAAAAAAGAUAUUUCACUGGAGCCAGUGGAUGACAAAGAUCAGGAGGGAUCAUUUGACUACAGGUCUCUUGAAAGGAUAGCACGUGUCUCCACUCUGCCUUACCCCCGGCGAGAGGAGGAAAAGGGGCUUCAAAGAAGCCAGCUGUCUAUGGAGGCAAUGAUAAAGCGAUCAGACAGUGAUGACAGCCUCGUGGACUAUGGCGAAGGAGGAGAGAUAUCGUUCAACGAGGACGGCUCCUUCAUCGGCCAGUACACAGGAACCAGAAGAGAUGUUAGGGAGCUGGACUUUGGUGGAAGUCUGGAGCUCCACUCUCCAAUGAAUACCAUCUAUUCUCUGGCAUAAAACUCAAAAUUCAAAUUGUCUUCCUGAGUUCAGAUCAGAUCAGAAUUAAGAACUGGUUUGUUUGCAGGAGGGAACAGUCGGGACCUGCUGUUAACCUCUGUGUCCUUGCAGGCAAAGCAACUUUCAUUCAAAGAAGAACAUAUUGGAGUUACUUAGGACAAUGCUUGAGAUGAUGUGCUUAUUCAUCUGACAAAAAGCAAACUUUACCCUUUGUGUUUCAUGUUGCAUUUUCUGUAAAUACAAAUCCUGUGUGUUUGUGGUUUGUGUGCAUGAGUACACAUGCAUGUUGAGUUAUCCUGUGAGAGGCGGGAGGCCACACAUCAGAGAAGAUAGAAGAGGACCAGUUUAUCAUGUUGAUAAAAGCAGUUACAUGGACCAACCUAACUGCUGCUAUUACAACGUUUUCUUUCAGCUAAUUCUAGUAAUGAGAUUUGAAUUAUUUUUGCAUUAUGGCUGUUGAAAUAUGGGCUACCAUACUUUCAUGAUCAGGGGAACCACAGUGUAAUUCCUGAAUUUCGAUUGCCUCCUCUUGUUGUUUUAUAGUGUUGAAGGUAAUAUGUCAGAAUAUGAAGUAGUGCUUGCAUUAAGUGAAGCAUAAUGAAGUAUCUCCAGGGACUAACGAUUCAUCUGUAUGCUCAGUUUGCAAGUCAUGCUCUGAUGGGUGUCAAGAGGGCAAACCGUUUGAGGAAUCAGCAAGUAGCCAUAAAUCAGUUGCUCAUGUUUCUUUAUGAACUUCCCUUAGCUGUCUCCUCAUUUCAUUCAUUCCAGAAAUGGAUAGAAUUCAUUAACCCUGAUGUAACAGCUUUAGUGUAUUUGACCCCUAACGCCAUCUGUGUAUUACAGUCAUGUCCUAAAUGUGAAUAAAGUGGGCAUAUUUAUUUCUAGUAUGUUUGAUAUGACUCUGAAUGUUGAAUCUAGCUGCUCUGUCUCCUAAAGGGGUGGAUCUUUAAUAUUUGAAUAUAAUUCUUAGAACUAGUUUUGAACAAUUUGCAGGUGUUGGGAUCCAUCAGGUCAGUUUAAACAAUGUUCCAGACUAGUGAGCUUAAUAUACUUCAAAAACUUAAUGGAAAUAAAAUCAGCAUUUUGGGGAAAUUUGCUUAUUUGCUUGUUGUGUCAUCUUGUCAUCUCUCAGAUAAAAAGUAGUUUUACCUAAAUGUCAAAAUAUUCCUUUAACUGUUGCUGCAUCAGUUGGUCUUUCAACCAGCACAAAGCAUAAAGCUAACUCGUUGUUACAUCAUGGAGGGAUCAUACAGCC